UAUAAUAUUUCCGUAUAUAUUGACCAUUUUUAGUGGAAAUAAGUUUCUUUCAAAGGAGCAACCAGGGAUGCAGACUAUUUGCAUUAAUUUAUUUAAUAAAUAUUAUUUUUAAAUUGGGGUUGGUUUUGGGGUUUAGUUGGAUUUUUAAAUAUUAUUUAAUUUGUAUUUCAAUUAUAUUUAAAAAAAAGUUUUCGUAUCCCUGGUUGCAAUUAAAAAGUGUAAUCUAUUCGAACAGCUGAUUCUAUAUUUACCAUUAUUUACCCGCCAUGGAGUUCGCAUCCAAUUUAAAGAUGUUUGAAAAAGAAAAUUUCUCCCACGCAUUCAAAGUUUGGAUGGAUAAGCGAAAAUUGGAUUUGGAGGAAGGGAAGGUGAAUAUGAGUAGUAACCUGAACUUCAUAAUCGAAGGUGAUGAACCAUUUUUCAUCGCUUUCGAUGAAUUUCACAUGAAACACAUUCAAAAUGCUCCUGGAAGUUUCCAUGGGUGGAAAAUAUUUGCCAUUGCGGCGUCCAAUUUAAAUGGACACCUGCAAAUCAUACAUUUAAAAGCUAUGUCGAGUGGGAUAGAGAAAUUGGUUUCCGUUGAAAAAUUUGCUUUGCAACGGCAUACCGUGCAUAAUGGGGCAUCCUCUGUAAAGGACUCAAUAAUCAUAUUCAUGCCUAACAAAGGCGGUCUGUAGAUUCGGAACUUGUGGGACGAACUUGUUCGUGGACUGGUUCCGGUUCACGAGUUGGCGCCUCACUUAUCAAUUAAAAUCAAUGGGGAACCAUAAAUCGAUUUUCUCUAUCAAAUUGUUGGGAGCGAUUUGAAUGAUUUUUGCUCCAGAUAUACUAGAAAAGGUGAUACAUCGUCUCAACUACCGUGCAUAUGGGGGCAUCCUCUCACAGCUAGAGCUUCA